UUUUUUUUACUUUUGCAGCUACAACGAUCUCAACAUGUUAAAGCAGGAAGGAAACUGGAUUAGGCGCGUUUUGGGGAAGGCUAUAGGGACGACUAGUCAUCCCCAUAGCUUUCUACGACUUAAAUUAGGAGAACAACCUGCUUUGUUUCGUUCACGCACACUCAAUCAUUAGUCUCUAUCUCUCUCUCACUCUCGAUCGGAGAUUCUCCCUUCCCUAAUUUCAACCAUUAUCUUCUCCUCUGGUGACUUCCUCACCUCCCACUCCCCGUGCAUCUUCUUCCUCUCUUGAUGGAUUCUCAUGUUAGUUGUCGAACACCACCAUUAGGCUUAACAACGUCGAUUAAUUUCAACGCCGCCGAUUCUGACUAUCGGCUUCCUUUUCAUAUCCAGUUACGAUUACUAUCGAAUACAAGCCCUACAUUGGCCACCAGGUUAACGAUGAUGACGAUGACAAACUCAAACACGAUAGACAUUUGUUUUCAAUUUUGCUCUGUACGGUUUCUUUGGCUGCAGCAAGGUUAUUGUAUGCUCAAAUGGCUUAUGUCGGAAACUUAUCUUACACCAUACCAAAAUUCAAGGUACUUCAGAUCCUAAGGGCAAGGGCAAGGCGUGAUGGCGCGGCGUACACUCUCUCGUAGACAUUUUAUGGGACGCUCUGAUGUUUGGAAUAAAAGUUGUAUUUGACUUAUGUUUUGAAAACAAUCAUAAUUGGAUCUCUUAAUGUAUGAGAAUAUGUUUGCAUAUUCUAAAAUGAAAAACUUACUU